UAGAAUAAACGUCAAUAUCAGCUGUGCCUAAUUUGAACAACAAAAAAUAUGUGAAUUAAAGAAUCGAGCAGCAUUUGUUUAUACCUACGUAAAUUUUAAUAUUUGGAUUCUAGAGAUAUUGAAAUCGAUAGGUCGCGUGAUAUAAUUGAAUGAUAAACAAAAUAAUAUGGACUUUCUUUUGUGUCAAAAGUGCCAAGUAUUUAUGAAGAGAACAGAAUAAUAAUUAGAGGUGUCGCCAGAUAGUCUGUCUCCAUGGUAACGUCAGGAAGAAAACCCAGAGUAGAUUACUAGAUUAGAUAAUCUCCAAAACAACUUAUUGAAUGAGAAGAGCUAUGCCAGGCUAUGCUGUUUAAUUAUUUUAAAAUAUAAAAGGUAACAUCUUUAAUUUUUAUAUUCCUUCAAGAAAAUAGAAGAAAAAUAAUGGCAGACAAUACAGAGGAAUCGAAGGAUAAUAAUUCACUAUGUGAGGAAAAUAAUAAUUUAACAGAAGGCAUUGCAUCUAAUCAAAAUGAAACUGAUUUUUCACAAUGCAAUGAUAGUAUGGAUACGUUGACAGACGAAGAAAAUAUCAUAGGACUUGUGUGUGGAGAUACUGAAACAAAUGAAAAUGAACUGUUUGGUGUUUGUGAAGGUGAAGUUAAUUUAUGUGAACAGAAAUGUACAGACAUUGCUGAUGAAGCAAAAAACAAUUAUAUUAAUGCGAAAGAAAUUGAGUUCGGGCAAUGGUUACUAAGAUGGAAAAUUGAAAGACAAAGAGAGGGAGAUUUUAUAGCUCUUGUCUAUCAAGAUAGUACACAUGAUUUUAUAGCAAAACAUUUAGUGUGUGGACAAGCGCAAAGUACAAUGUGGCUUUUAGAUAUUCCUAGGCAGCAUCAUAAUGAUUGUGAAAAAUUAGUUUGUUUCGGUUAUUAUGAUUCGACAACGUUAGAAUGUUUGGCUCAGUCAGAUCCCAUAGACAAAAUCAAAAGAUUUAUUAGAAUUAAGAGGCCUAACAAGUGUAAUGGAAUAGAAAAUGACGCCUUUCAAGAUGAAAUUGAUGGAGAGAUACCAAGCCAUUUAGUUUUUCCGACACCAAAUUUUUCUCGUAAAAAUUCAAAUUCACUGGAAACUUUGGAUUCAUUUAAAACCUCUACUUCCAUGGAAGAUCUAGAUACAAAUAAGGAACAAAUUUUAUCUGGAGUAAAGAAAAAAUCACCGAUAAAUGGAUUUAAUAAUAUUGGAGGAGGAACAAAGAAAAAAGUCCGUUCUAAAAACACUAAAUCUCCUGGCAAAGAAUAUUACCAAAUAUGGACAUCGCAUAGUUCUUCCUCACCAGAAGACGAAAAUAAAAUUUUUGAAGCAGCCUGUGGUAUGGAGUUUACCGAAGAGGAUGCUCCUCCGCUACCACCAAGAACAAUGCACAAGCCUUUAGAAAGAUCCCAUGCAGUAGCAACUACUUUUACUCCUCCAAUAGUUCAACGGCAAAAUAAACCUAAGAAACUUCAAACUCUAGAGGAUACGUUUAAUUUUGAACUGAUAGACACGGAUGAAGAUUAUAAAUCUGCCUCGUCUCUAUCUGAUGUUGAUGCUUGUUCUACUUCCUCAGCGCAGAAAAUUAGUUCUAUAUUUGUAGAGUCGUCUACUAAACAUAUUGGUUGUGAUAAUUAUAUUACAACGGUCCUAAGUAAAAGUUCAGAAUCUAGUCCAGUUAAUGCUCAUAAAUUAUUAGAAAAUAAAGACAGUUAUAGUUCUACCCAGUCAACGCAGAGUAGCACGUCUAUCGAUGCACCGGAUGGUGCUGAAUACGGCAGUGAUUUAGCAAGUAAGCCUCAUAAACCUCUUAUUAGACUAGGAUCGCUACAGAAACCAGAUGAAUGCGGAGACGCAAUUGAAUUGCCAGGGACCCCAAUUCAUCAAUCUAGACCAAAGAGAGAGAUAAAAGAUAUAGCAAGGCCCCAUCCCAAAGCUUUAACUAGAAUAACUGGAGUACCUAAUGCUCUACCCAUUUGUCCGCCGACUCCGACACAUCAUUCGCGCAAAAAUAGAGCGACUAGUGACUUGAGGCCUCCAAAUCUUAAAUCAACCGAACCUCCUGAUAUUCCGUUACGAGAUCAGGAAGCGAUAGCAGGUUCCGAAAUUAAACUAGCCGAUGUCAGGCCUGCAAACAGUAGUGAGGACGGUGCUGUCGCCCCUGACAUCGAAAUACCGCAAAUAGGAUUGAUAGCAAUGUCAGAACUAAGAUGUAAAGGAAUUCAAAGGCCAACUUUACGUCCCAGAGUACCUGUAGAAAAUGGAGAAGCAAGUGGAGGUGUUCCUAUAGCAUUACAACGGUUAAGUACUACUAGAUUACCCUCUAUUCCAGAGAGGAGUCAUCGAUUAUUAUGUUAUUCGGAGGUUCCUGGGGAACAUGAUGAACCUUUACCUCCAUCUUGGGAAGCUAGGAUGGAUAGUCACGGAAGAGUGUUUUAUAUCGACCACACAACACGUACCACUUCUUGGACGAGACCAGGAUGUAAUUUUAAUAAUUCAACGAAUAUGGUUGGAGCAGAACAACAUAGGAGACAGUUAGAUAGACGAUACCAAAGUAUUAGAAGGACAAUUAGUUCAAGUAGAUUAGAAAAUAGUACUGCGACAGAUGCGCCUCCUGGUUGCAAAUUAUUAGUAAGACCUGAUUUUUAUACAAUUCUUCAUAUGAAUCAGGAAGCUACAUUAUUAUACAAUAGAAAUCCAACGCUUAAACACAUGAUAAUUAGAAUAAGAAGGGAUCCAUCCUAUUUUGAAAAAUAUCAGCAUAAUAAAGAAUUAGUCUCUUUAGUAAAUUUGUUUGCUGACACUAAUAAAGGCUUGCCAGAAGGAUGGGAUACCAAGAAUGAUGCUGCUGCUAAGCCAUUCUUCAUUGACCAUACUAACAAGAAAACUACUUAUAUGGACCCGCGUCUUCCUUUGGAUACAGUUUCUCUUGGUAGAAGGUUUUCAGAUGACAUUGAAUUUCAAUAUUUUCAGGCUCCAGUUCCACCUCCAAGAUCAUUACCUACAACUAACAAUGUUCAAACAAAUAUUCCAGAAGUACCAGUUGCAUAUAACGACAAAGUGGUGGCGUUCUUGAGACAGCCGAAUAUUUUCGAUAUUCUCAAGGAAAGACACGCUCCUGUUGGAAAUUCUUCAUCGCUUAGGGACAAAAUUAAUUCAGUAAGAGUGGACGGAACCGCAGCUUUAGACCGACUGAGUCAUGAUGUUAAUCUGACAAUUUUAUUAAGCCUCUUCGAACAGGAGAUUAUGUCAUAUGUUCCGGCUAUGGAGUCAAGGACUGCCAAUACCACUGGCAGCAACGGAAGAAGUCCUAGGGGAUCACCCCAACCUUCGCCCAUUGCUUCUCCAGGUUUGGGAAGACAUCGUGUUCCUGCACCCCAUAAAAGGGAUUUCGAGGCCAAAUUAAGAAACUUUUAUAGAAAACUAGAAAGUAAGGGUUAUGGUCAAGGUCCAGGAAAGUUCAAAUUGCAUAUAAGAAGAGAUCAUCUGUUAGAAGAUGCUUUUCGAAGAAUAAUGUCCGCCAAUAAGAAGGACCUUCAGAAAGGAAAAUUGUGUAUUGUUUGGGACAACGAGGAAGGUCUUGAUUAUGGCGGUCCCUCCAGAGAAUUCUUCUUCUUACUGUCUAGAGAACUGUUCAAUCCAUAUUAUGGUUUAUUCGAAUAUUCUGCCAAUGACACGUAUACUGUGCAAAUUUCGCCAAUGUCUGCAUUUGUAGAUAACUAUCACGAUUGGUUUAGAUUUAGUGGAAGAGUUCUUGGACUAGCUCUAGUGCACCAGUACCUCUUAGACGCUUUCUUUACCCGUCCAUUUUAUAAGGCCCUCCUUCGACUUCCAGUAGCACUGUCCGAUUUGGAAAGUCUUGAUUUUGAGUUUCACCAGUCCCUUCAGUGGAUCAAAGAGCAUGACGUUUCAGUACAGGGAGAGUUGGAACUGACUUUUGCCGUUACUGAAGAGGUCUUUGGUCAAGUUAUGGAAAGGGAACUAAAACCUGGUGGCAGAAACGUGCCAGUCACCGAGAAAAACAAAAAAGAGUACCUGGAAAGGAUAGUACGAUGGAGAUUAGAAAGAGGAGUGGCUGAGCAGACAGAGUCACUAGUCAGAGGAUUUUAUGAAGUGGUUGAUCCUAGAUUAGUCAGUGUUUUUGAUGCGAGGGAACUAGAACUCGUCAUUGCCGGUACUGCCGAGAUAGAUCUAGUAGACUGGAGAAAUAAUACAGAAUAUAGGGGAGGAUACCAUGAUCAACAUCCCGUAGUGGUUUGGUUUUGGCAAGCCAUAGAGAGGUUUACUAAUGAACAAAGGUUGAGGCUACUACAAUUUGUAACUGGAACCUCAAGCAUACCUUUUGAAGGAUUUGCCGCUCUGAGAGGUUCAAUAGGUUCCAGAAAGUUUUGCAUUGAGAAGUGGGGCAAGCCGAAUAGUUUACCGAGGGCCCACACUUGUUUUAACAGAUUAGAUUUGCCAUCGUAUCCAACGUUUGAAGUUUUAUAUGAGAAGUUAUUGUUAGCAGUUGAAGAAACCAACACGUUUGGCAUUGAGUAAAAUAGUCAACAUGCUAGAUGUUUUUGAGCUCUGAAUUUAAAUAUUUAACUGGCUAUUUUUUCUUUAUAAAAAAUAGUAUUUUAUGAAGUUGAAAUUUCUCUGUCUCUAGAAAAUAGCUGCUUCAAGUCAAAGAAUGGCAUACAUUAGUACUUAAGAGCAGGUACUUUAAACUUAUGGUCAUUUUUUGUAAAAUCGUUAUUUUUUAUACUGUUUUCUUCCAAAUGAGUUAAUAUUUAAAUUGUUUGGAUUUGUUUGUUCCUGUUUUCAGUUUGUUAUAUGAAAGCCAGUAUUGUUGGACAUGGACUUUAUAUUGAAAGGUUGUCAUCAUUGUUUUUAAAUCCAACAUUUUUUUACCAAAUAAUUGUACAGAAUUGUUUAGUAUAAGAGUGUAAAUAAUUCAGAUUAUUUAUAAUAUAUUUAUUAAGGUUUGUGCGCACCUAUCUGUCAUUUCAUUUUCCGAAUGAAAAUUGCUUUUGAGGAAAUGCAUGGUCUAUCUUAUUUUUCAUUUAAUUCUUAAUAAUCUUUUGUGUUGAAAAACCAUUUAUUAUAUUGUAUAUUUUUUUAAUCUCCAUUAAUUCAGUCAUUAAUCAUAUUUAUUGAUGUAGCUAACGUUUAUUUAUUGAUUAAACAUAAUAUAAAUUGUAUAUGUAAAUUUAUUUUUAUUCUUUAACAUAGUGUUGUUCAGUCAUUUAAACUUUUUUCAUUUUAAUAUAUUUGUUACUCUAAGGGAUGCUUUGUUAUUCCAAGUAUUAAAAGGCCAAAAAUUAAAUAUAAUUUUUUUAGGACUUCUUCUUGAAUGUGUCAAAUUGAAUUUGGAAUGAUAAAGCUUCACAAGCUUUGAUGUAGUUACCAAAUGAAUAAUUGUAGAAUAUAUAGUAUAGUUAAUGAGACUUUAAUGACACUUUUGAUAUUUUUAUAUCAUUUUAACUUCAAUGUAUUAGUUUGCAUUAUGCUAGGGUCACAUCUGCGGUUAUUAUAGAAAAUAUCGAUAUCUUUGCCAUUCUAAAAAUAAACACUUUGUUAUAAUGAGAGAUUCAGAUAUAUUUUUAAACUAAUUCAAGUUUUUUAAUUUUAUGAUGAAGGUAUGUUUGUUUCUUCAAUAAAUUUUCUAUAAUUUCGAUUGUAGGUCUAAGAUGUGUUUAACAACUGAAUAAAGCUGCAUAAGUCCCGUAUUGAUUUAUGAUAUACACUACAGGGUGUGUCCAAACAGGAGGGACCAAGUAAUUUAGACUAUUUUAGUUUGUCUUUGAAUAAGUUUUCAAUGUGUUGAAACUUUAUUUUAAAAAUGGUUAUAUUUCAGAAAACACUCGGGAGAGAUAACAUAUAUAUUAUUUUUGGAAUGCGAAAUAACAAAGCAAAAUAGGACAGACAAAUUAUUUAAAAAUCUACGACUUUAGUUUAAAAUAUAUAUGGAUAACACAUAUCUCUUGUUUUUAAAAUGUGCACUACUAUUGCCUACAAAAAUUUAUAGUCAAAAUCUCUUUUUGGUCUCACUUGGUAUAAAAUACUUAACACUGAAUCACCUCUAUUAUAGUUUUAAGAUUUAAUCAAGUCAGUUACAAUUUAGCUGUUACUAUCAAUGACGUCAGUAAUAGAUAUAGUAAAACACAAGCUAUUAUUUCUAUACCUACUGCUACAUAGUUUUCUACCACACAGUAUACCAGUUUGGCCAUUCUAAAUCGCUAGACUGUAUUUUAACUAGGUACUAAUAAAUAUAAAUAUCUAACUUACGAUAUAUACCAACUGAUUGACAGAGACAUAAACAAAGGUGGACUAUCUAGACCACUAAUUUAUAAUGACCAGGUCUGUAUGUUAUAGUGCCGCAAAAGUUUUUUUAAUAUUUCAAAAAUCAUUAUUUUUCAUCUAGUGUCUACGUCAUCCAGAACAUUAUUAACUUUGUAAUAACAUUAGUGUCAAUUUUUGACUGCAAUAAUGGUAUGAAUUUGACCUUAGCAUAACAUGAUGUGCUUUUUAAGCAGUCCCCGUGAAAAAAUAUCCUAAAGUCUCCUAAACUGUUACUACAGCCUUGUCCAUUUUUUAUAGAAAAAGAAAUGUGAUUAAAAAAAUUCUAGUCAAUAAUUAAGUUUCAUAAAAACAAUUUCUAUCUAUUGAAAAAUAGUCGUCUCUGGCUCUAACAGUGUAACAGCAUUAAUAUGCCAAUAUAUUUUGUAUUAUGAUUUUUUAAGUUAUCUGUAGGUAUGUUUCAUGUUCUACAAGUAGGUUUGUGUUAAAUAAAAUCUGUAACAUUCCAAAAAAUAAAAUAGCAUCUCAAAUC